AUGAGUGCCGUAAAGUCAUAUUUUGUACAAGAAUGGAAGGUGAGCAUGCUCACGUUGGAGCAUCCGAAACCAUCUGACUUCUAUACAAGUUGUUGGCAAACGACGCGGUCGUCCGUACCAUUUUUGUUUUGGCGCUCGCUUCUCUUCCUCACCUCUCUAGGAAUAGUGUUAACCUCUAUGAUAAUUUACAUACAGAACGGAAGUUUUGGAUACUGGUUUAUUUAUCUAACUCACUGGGGAUUGACAAGCAUCCUCUUCGCUACUGGAUUCGCGACUGCAGUGUCAGCACGCUGUUACCUUUACGGACCAAUCAGCACCGAGUUCAAAUUGCCAUGGUACGUGAAGAUUUAUUGGACGUUGUUCAAUAUCGCAACUCCUCUAGCAUUUUUAAUCACAAUAUUCUACUGGACCGUACUCUACGAAGCGGGAAUCGAAGAGGAGUUGAACCAUGGUCUAGACGUGGCAGUUCAUGGACUGAACUCGCUAGUGAUGUUCCUGCUCCUCUGCAGCAGUGCCCACCCUGGCCGGUUGCUGCACAUCUACCAGCCUCUCGUUUUCGCUACCAUAUACAUGCUGUUCAGCGUCAUCUACCACGCCGCUGGUGGUACAGACCAAAAAGGUAACGCCUACAUCUACCCAGUGGUGAAUUGGUCGGAGCCAGGAACAACGGUGCUAGUCGUAUUCAUCACCGGCUUGUUACUGGUAGUGCUGCACCUCCUGACUCUUGGCCUGUCAGCCCUACGAGAUCUGGUCGCUGCACGCUUAAUAGAUCGUGGAGCCCCUGCCAACCCUAACGAAGGAAUGCCAUUGAGACAACCGGUCUAUGCGUGA